AUGGACGCUCUCCCUCCGUUUUAUCGAUCUGUGAUGACGGCUUGGUUUGCUCUGGAGCGGAAGUUUGUGGACAAUGAAUACAACAUUUGCGGUCCUCGGCAAUCUGUGGUCACACUUGAAAAGCUCUCGGCAAGUUUCGUCUACGACACCUUGUAUCACCAAUAUCGUAAGCAGCAUCGAUGCGUCGAAAAGUUUGCGAAUUGGGAUCUUCCAGUCGAUUGGUCAAAUGUUUGGUUGUCCCUUCUUCUCUGGCGUUUCAUAAGACCUGUUCGGGAUACUUCCUGGCUGAUUGCGCAUGGUAUUCUUCCCACCGCCGAUCGUUUGCUGCGCUUUGGAAUGCAAGUUGACCCGUUCUGUCACUGUGGCCGAACGGAAUCCCUCAUCCACCUUUUUAUUGAAUGUCCAUUUGCCAUUCAGCUUAUUGAUUGGUAUUUUUCUGUCUAUAAACGUUUCCGACCACAGUCCCAGCGUCCUACUAAAUGUGAUCUUCUUGUUGGUUAUGGCAAAAAGGUAUAGGUACCUCCCGUGUUUCCAUGUUUGUUGGGAAUUAUUCGCCACCACAUUUGGUUAACCAGGAAUAAAGCCAGGUUUGAUAAGGUGAUGCCGCAUUACCCUACGGUUCUAUCAUGUGUCAAGUUCACCUUACGGUGUGUGAUCCGUGUUCGGCAGCGUCAUUGUUUGCCGGCCAAUUUCUCCGAUUUCUGGAUGGCGAGUGGUGUUGUUGGCAUUUCGUCCGCUGGGGACGUUAUCGUUUUUGCGGCGGAGUUUCGUCUAAAUGUUUCUCGGAGGCGCGGCGGUAGCCUUCAUUGGUUGCUGCUGCCGUUGUCUUUUGAGAAUUGUUUGUAUCUAUCUAUCUCUCUGGACACGAGGAUCGCCUUCAUUGGUGUUGUCGUCGUUGUCCUUUUGAGUUGUGUUAGUGGUUCUCUGCCUUCAUUGGCUCGGUAGUCGCCUUUGUUGCUACUGCCGUCGUCUUUACGGUUUGUCUGGUUUGUUUAUCUUUCCAUAUGAAUUCGUACUCUUGUCUGUCAAUGUUUCCAAACUUCGGCCUUUUUGGCUGGUGUUUAUCGUUUUGACUUGUACUUUUGUCGUUUUAAUGGUGUCAUUUCGCUAUUAUGUCAUGUGGCUUGUAAUGUUGUUUUAUUUUGUUUGUGGUAUUAAUAGGCGCAGUAGUCUCCUUUAUUGGUGUACUGCUGUGGCCUCCUUUUUGAAUUAAUGUUGACAGGUAUCUGGUAGACUCGGGGGUUGUUCAUGAUGAUUCAAACAAACAUCGUUCCCGUCCAUCCACUAUCAUAGGACUAGGGAUCCCUGGGCAUGAAGAUGCUCAGCAUCUGAUUGUUCAGGUCAUUCAUGGUUGUCUCAUGGCACGGGGGAGAGGGUCGUACUCUCUGUUGGUUUGCUUGCUGUGUAGCAACCCCCUGGGUGCGGCAAUUUCACGGGCUCAGCCUGAGGUUCCAUUGCACCGUCGGGACCAGAUCAGCAAUGAUCAAAGCCUUUCGUCGUUCAACUCAAAAUAAAACUAAUAACAUGACUAGUCGGGAAAUUAGCAAUUAAAUUGCCCUUCGCCUUGGGAAGAUUUGUGAAAGUCCUCUUUCACAAAUCUUCCCUCGGCGUCGGGCAAUUUAAUCGCCAAUUUCUCUCUAUAGUCAUGUUAUUACUUAUAAAUAAUGAAAGCGGUCCGCUUUCAUACAAAUAUAGCUGCUUAUACAGUCAGUAUAAUCUAGUGUAGACUGCAGACAAAGUAUAAAAUGCAGAAUAUAGGUCUAAGUUGCAGACUGAAAUUACAGACUUGGUAUAAAAUGCAGACUAUAUAUUGAAUAAAUAUGAGUAUAUCGAUCGUUAGAAAAUAUAUAGCCUUCAAUUGACCACUUCCGUAAUAUAGACUAAAUUUUGAUCUAAACAAGUCUAGACAAAAAUUUCAUCACAGCUUGAAAGAGCAUCACAAAAUUAGUAAUAUUCCAAAGUUUCGUUGCGAAAUGUUGUAAAAUACGGAUAAUAUAGCCUUGCGAAGUUUGCAAUUUUCAGUCAUUUUAGAUACAAACGGGAAAUUGACAGCCACAAACCCUUUGACCACUGACCACAUGCAGAAUUAAAAACAACAUGGUUACAUGGCGGAUCAAAAUCACGAGCUCGUGUCUUGUUUUUAAUUCGGCAAGUUGCACGCAUGCGCAAAUUUUCCUAUUCAGGCGCACUUGUCGUUUGCUCGCCGCACACGACAAUUUUUUUGUCACGAAUGACGAAAAAUAUCAAACAUGUUUGAUAUUUGGUUUACAUGUCACGAAUGACGAAAAUGCCGUAAAUGUUGCCCGCACACGAGGAAAUUUUGUCGAUCCAACUUGUCACGAAUAACAAGUACGCGCGACAAGUGCGCUCGUGUGCGGCGGGCUUUAAGGAGACGUUUUGGUAUAGGCAGGAAUAAAUUAACAGACCUUUGACUUUUUAGUCUGCAUUUUAUACCUAUAGUCUGCAUUUUAUACCUAGUCUGAAAUUAUAGUCUGCAAUUUACACCUAUUCUGCACUUUUAGUACUCUUGGUCUGCACUGCAGCCUAGAUUAUGCUGACCGGCUGCUAAUACGUUUUGUAAGGCUAUUUUAAAAUUAAAUUAAAAAGGCUUAUGCUAGGAUUGCUAUAGCGCUUGAUGCUUACGCCUAUAUGCUUGGGUUGAAUGGCUUAAAUAUUCAAGACAAAAUAACUAAGUAUGUCUUAUGUAAUAAUUUAAUUAGGUUUUUCUAUAACCAGAUAAAAUUGGAGCAGAGCACGUGUGUUAUUUCAUUUGAUUUGUUGCAGGGAGGGCGAGAAAGUCCCUACGGCUACACAUAUUGGCCAUUCAUAUCUUAAAAUUGAUAUUUAUUUUAUGAUUGUUUCCUAGAUGUUAGAUAAUGUAAGUCAGAAGAACAUCUGUCGUUGUGAAUAAAAAUUGAAUUUGAAAUGUUUUAAUAUUUAUACGAAUGUUGCAAAUCUACAGAACAUAAUUUGUAAGCGCCCCCGGAUUGUUUACUCUAUACAUCGAUUGUUGAGUCACGUAAUGACGUAAUGCCUUGCACCCCAUAACAAUAGUCGUCAACUUUGCACUAAAAACUGAGCCUCAAUGCCACAAUUGUAUAUGGCGGUACACCCGAAGCAAAUUGGCUAUACUUGCUGCUGACCGGGUACCAAAAUGCCGUCAUACGGUUGAAAUCUCGGAUGGGUUUUGACGCGCUUUCUCCUCCCCAAGAAACAGUGACGGCAUCCACAGUCUUACAUUCAUGAUUUAGACUCAUGGAUACCAAGGAUAUGUAAUCAGCUAACGAUGAAUGCUUAACUAUAAUUAUUAAUAAAAAUACACUCGGUAUAUUUAUUCGAACUAUACUUCUUUAAGACUUCUAUAUACAAUAUAGGGAAAUGAUCGUGGCUGCUUGUUAAAUGUGCAGUCCACAGCAUUUGCAGUCUCAUGCUUUCGAGUAUCUCUGUGCAGGGGUGCACAUCCCAAAUUUUUUUAGGGCGGGGUGUAAAAUAUUUCGGGACCGACUUUUUACGUUUGAAAGCGACGCGUAUAUCUAGGGGGAAUCGUAUUGACCUUCCAAUCUUCGAAAUGGCAUUUCUUUAGUGUGCCGAGCCAUUUGCGAUCAAUAUUUCUGUCCAUGAUUACGUUUAUAUAUCUCUGUGAUACUUGAGAGGUGAUUGUAUAAAAGGUGCAAAGGUCGAAAAAAUUUUGCAAAAUUGAAGUCUCUAGAUCGUUGAAAAUGCUUUUUUCAGAGUCUCAUUUACCUCUUUCGAUUGGUCCUUUUCACAAACUAAAUUGGUACACCAACUCGGUAUAUAUGGAGCACAGAAACGAUGCUGAUUCAAAUAGUGUUGGCAAUAAGCAUUUUAUAACCUUUCAAAAUUUAUUAAUUUAUUUGGAGACGGAAUGGAAACAACCAGUUUGCGUAAUGUUUAUACCGGACGAUCGGAACCGACAAAAUUGUCCGUUUGGGACCGACUUUUUGGACAUUUCGCAAAAUUAUGGGGAGUGUAACACCCCCCACACCCCUCUAAUGUGCGCCACUGACUCUGCGAUAAACGCAAGAAUUGUAAGUUCUGUGUUGAUUGUAAAACUAUCAGAGUUAUUGACAAAAAUUGGUCCCAAAACAAACACUAAUUGGUGAUGUGCGAUGUACAUACAGUUAAAAUUUAAUCGCAUUUUUUCCUCAAUAUUUUUUGACCAAAAACAAUUUUGACCAAAUUUCAAUAUUGAUGAAAGACUGUGUAUUUCUUGAAAUGUUAGCGCACUUACUCUUAAUAUUUACUUUGACCAACAACAAAACAUUUUGACCAUUGAGAUAUGUCAUAGAGGUUUCCACAUGCCAGCUGAAACGUACCAGUUGCAUAAUAACCGAAUGUCAACAAAAGCUUUAUGUCCGCAGGAAUUUGGAUUACCUCGUUCAUUGUGACCAGAUAUAGUGGCCCUAUUAUGUUUAAGAUCUCCCGGAAUCCUUCCUUUGUUAAUCUAAAUCGGAAUUGCUCCCCAUCAUACAUUUCAUAGUUGAAAUUUUAAAUUCUAUUUCGGUUUCAAUGAUUGGGUGGAAUAUUAUCCAAAUGUUGUAAUCUGUUAAGCCAUACAUUCGCCAUGUUGUUCAUCACAACUUCACGUGAGAAUGGUUCAAGGGAGGUAUACCCUACGCUCAAACUCCACUCAAACUCCACUCAAACUCGACCUCUAUUUCAAGGGUGAGUGCCGUUUGUGAAUGUUCCGAAGGCGAGUGUCGUUUCCCACUCAUUGAGAGUCAUCACAGACUCAUUGAGUACUGAGUUACACUUAGUGAGAAAGAGGUGCCACUCUUUGAGUGUUGAGUGCGCUUUUAGGAUACAGGCGUUAGAGUAUGUACAAUCUAAAGACAGCUACCACAGAUUUGUAACAACCCCCAAAUACAGUAUUAUACUAAAGUAGUAUAUUUCUUGUCUUAUUCUUUACUGCAUGGUCAAUCUAAUCAAAAUGUUACAAUUUAAUGAAUGGAUAAAGGCGUAGGGAAAAGCAGACGGCUGAUUACGGUUACUAGAACUUGCUUCAAUGACUUUACAAAUGUGGCCCUUAAACGCUAAAGCCUGAUCACACUGAUAGCUCUAAUCCGCCCCUGAUUCAGCUGUUUCUAGCUGCUCAUUGUCAGUUAAUCAAGAAUUGUGCUUUUAUGUAAAAAGAGGGACAAUUUUUAAUGAAAAUGCUAAGACAUGCUGAAAAUAACAAAAAUAAGCUGAACAAUAAUAAAAAUAUGCUGAAUAAUAUUUAAAAUACGCUGAAAAUAAUGCGAAAAAUAAUUAAUAAUAUCGUACUUAUAUAAUUUUGGCGGAUAUGGCACCCCAUAGAUGCGAUGGUCGGCUACCAUUGCAAGAAACAAACUUUUUGUUAAGUGAAGAGUGCAAGAAAUAAACGUUUAUGUUUCUUGUUUAUGAUCGGCGAUGUUUCUCGCUCAGUCGCUCGCCUGCGAUGUAAUUUAUGCCCAUUUUCCACUCCGUUAUUUCGCCGCCGCUGGCGAAAAAUUUUGACAAAGAAAUCAUUUUUUUACAUUCAUUCGCCGCCGAAGAAAUCUGUUCUCCUGCUACAGUUGCUUAAAAUUUUCAAGUUGUGUUUGACCUUUCGUUGACGGCGCGAAAGAACAACAAAUGAACUUUUUCGGUGGCGAAAUUUUUCGCCAGCGGCGGCGAAAUACGUGAGUGGAAAACGGGCUUUAUACAUGUUGUAAUUUGUCGCUGACGUCGCACAACGGUCAUCGCCGACUAUCAGCCGACAUAUGAGAACUACAAGUUACUGCACUUAAGGUGGCUCUAUACAGUUUUUAAAAAUGGAAAUUUCAUGAUUCAGAUCCGUAUUUUUGGACAAUUAUUGCUUGUUGAAAAACAAAAUUAUUUUGACAAUUUUAAGAAAAUCUGUUGAGCCAAAAUGUUUCAAAUUACGUAAAUGUGAUUAUUCAUAAUUUUUUUUGCUCAACAGAAUUUUUUUGAAAUUGUCAAAAUAAUUGAGUUUUCUAAAAGAAAUCAUUUUAUGAAAUAAAAUUCAGGGGUCACCGAUGUCGUUUUCAAGUUAAACUACUUUAAAGCCAGACUAUCCACCAUCUUGAAACGUCAUUGUUGCCAUAGCAACGGCAGUUGCGUAACUUUCGUGAAAAAAUCGAACCUCAGUAUUAAGCCGGUUUUCCACUAGGCGGAAUUUUGCGCGCGGAGCGGAAAUUUUCUUUGUCUUGUGAUUUCUCGGGUGGAACUAAUUAGAAAAGACAAAGAAAGAUUCCGCUCCGCGCGCAAAAUUCCGCCUAGUGGAAAACCGGCUUUAGAUGUUGUUUUACAUCACUGCACCGGAUAGCUUUCCGCAGCGACGUGAAAAAACACCUAUCCGUACCUUUUAGGAACGCUAUUUUCAGCGGAGCGAUGUUGUUUCGCUCAGCUUUUGAAAGUUGUACAUUCCGUAUCGGAUAGGUGCUUUUUCAUGGCGCUACGGAAAGCUAUCCGGAUAGUGUAACUGUAAACGUAGCCUUUUAAUGUUUCAUAUCAAAUCAAUUUUGCAAUAGGUGGUACAUUCAUACGAAGCAUAUGGCGUAUCAGAACACUGUGUCACAAACCCGUAUGGUUCAUUCUGGAACAUGCCAGCUGAUAGGAAUUCUCGAAAGAGGAAUCUAAUAGUGAGCUUCACCGAUAAAUAUGGGACGUAUUCUAACCAAAAAUUGCUAGUUUUGAAAGCAAUUGAUCAAAUUGCCGCUAAAACAAACUUCUACAGCGUACGAGAGGAUACCUGCAACCUACUGCAUAAGUUGGCAGAAGAGCUGAAUGAAGAGGGGGUUUGGAAGUACGUCACAAGUUUGAAUGUUCUCAAGGAAUACGAUGAUCUUGUUAUAACAGCUGAUAACGCCCUCACAUACAUCAACGAAGAAUACACAUUCCAGUCUCAUUACAUGCACAAAAAACAGAAAGUUCGCUUAGUCAUAACACUGAAGUCGAUGGAAAUAGCGAAUGGGCUGACAUGUAAUAAAUCAUGUGACAACCAAGGCAGUUGUAGAACGCAACCGUAUUCAUCUGCGCAAUACUGCCAGUGCAAACCAUAUUUUCAAGGUAUGUAAAACACCACAUUACAAACACUAAAACAACAAAGGAAGGGACGAUCCCACUGGACGAUCCGCACUUUGACCUUGUUUGGUUACCACUCUGCUCCGGAGAAGCUUCCUAGUAUGAUAUGGCGCAGGGAUCAGUAUAAGGAUGCGUAGGAAUCAGCGUAGGGUUAGCACGCGCGGAAGAUGGAAUAUUGAAAGUUAUAGUAGCUCAUUACAACACCGCGGGAAAAAGUCUGCGCAUGCGCGUGUACUAGAAACGUGUAGUUUAGACAUUAUUAAAAAACGCAUUAAUAAUUCAGGAGGAAAACACAAAGAAAAAUCAUAAGCGUGUAGUAUCUUUAUAUGUGAUAAAAAAUCAUGUUAAUUUACUUAAACUUUAGCUUUGAUUUUCUCGGUUUAGACAAAGUUUAUUUUAAAAAUUACUUCGCCAAUGAACUCGUAUAAGAUGAGUCGUUUUUGAAGCCAUUUAAAGCACUUGUAGUCGUGUUUUAUCACAUAUAAAACACUCCGCUACGCGUCGUGUUUUAUAUCUGAUAAAACACUCCUACGCGUGCUUUAAAUAGUACAUAAAAGUAUAAAAGCGUGUACUAACAUACCUAAUUUUAAGAAUUUUUUAUCAUUGCACAUUUUUAUGCAAAGUUUAGCCGAGCAGAAACACGUCCUGACAAUUUCUGAACACACCUUUAUAAUGUGUAACAACAAAACAGGCUACAAUUGAUAUUCAAAAAUGUCAAAACGAACAUACUCUGCACAGUACCCAGGGAAAUUUUGGGGACAAAGACAAACUUUGACUCGUUGGCCUGCGUGAUUCCAUCUUCUAACACUAUGAUUUAAUAGGGGGUCCGGGUGCAUUUCCCCUCGGAAAAAUUUUGAAAUCUGAGGUGCCAGAAAUGGCCAAAUCCUGCAUUCUGGAAGUCUAGUUGACAGUUAUGUCUAUGUAUAUUUCACUGUAAUUCUUUAUUUGCGUCCCCCUUUUAACUGGAUCCCAGGGCAAAAUGCCCCUUCUGGGCGGCAUUGACAGCACGUCAGCACCUGCAGUUACAACUAUUUAUGACAGCAUAUAGUUUUAUAAUCACAUGAAGAAAAUAAAUAUUUUCGUCCUGGCAAAUGAAAGGCGGCUUAGGCGUGACAAUCCUCUAGAGGAGUUCCAGGGGCAUGCAUCCACAGAAAAUUUUGUAAUCUAUAUAUAUAUGUUCGAUCUAAUUUACAGGCCCCUCUACGUAAUCAGAAGUGUGAAGCUCAAUGAGCAUAUUCACUACAACGCUCAGUGCAUUUCAGUGCAUUUCGGUGCAUUUCAGUGCAUUUGACCACCCUGCACUAAACAUACGGGAAAGGCCAAUGAAAUAUGCGAGCAACAUUUUCAGCACAUGCAUUUUCAUGAAAAGCAUUUUAUCUUCAUAGGCGACAAAUGCGAAGAGCAUACUGAAGCCCAAUUGGCAAAGACCAUGGAUUCUUUGUUAGAAAAAACAUUGAAUCUUCCCAAGUUGAGCGACAUCGCUUACGAUAUAAAGGACAUGCGCGAGUAUGUUGGCAUUAACUUCGGUGAAGUCCGGUCAGCAAUCGGUGAACUUGAAGCUGUUUUUAAAAAGGCCAUUGAUAGUAUCACCCGCAUGUUGACAGAUCAGUUCCAGUGGUCAAACUUAAUCACACUCUACAACGAAGAAAUCCGAGAGAUUGAGUAUUACUCAAAUCGCUUUCAGCAACUGCCGAAGCUUCACCCAAACACACGCGUCAUGGAAGGGAAGCAGUUAGCAACUGCCGUUCUUGCGGAGAAUGGUGUUAAAAAAUGGUUGUUCGAGGUCAAUUUCCUAUUUAUUGGAAGGACUGGGUCACCUUUAGUUAAGCAUGAACCUCUUAUGCUAGUCUUCAUGAACAGGUAAGGAAAAUCUUAGGGGCUAUUUACAUGAGCCCUGCAUGUCCUUUACCAAUAAUGAGAAUAAAUUAAAUUAUAUGUUUAAAUUAACUCAAAUCAAUGAAAUUACUUUUGACAGGUACAAGUCUUUAGCAUGCACUCCUGCAUAUAAAGCUGCUGUUGAUAACACCUGGCGCCAGUUAGUACUUCUUCAACAAAUGGGAUUUGUUGUCUGGGUACAAGCUCUCCAAAUUAUGGGCAGACCAACUGAACAGGUUGCGCAACUAUAUGAUGCCCAAACAAAUACACAAGUAAGGAUGUAGCUUCCCAUAUUAUUAAACGUGGUUUACAAUAACUGUUUCUCUCCUUGAAAGAAAUCGAAAUCAUAAUGGUUGUACAAUACCAGUCGAGUCCAGAGUUCAAUAUAAUUCUGAAAAUUUAGUCGGACAUGAUCGGACACUAAUUACUCGUGCCAGGCCUUUGGCCGCACAAGUAUAAGGGUUAUAAGUUCCUUUCCCCUCGCGCAGCUUUAUUUCUCUUAGAGACGUGAUAAUGUGCCUAGUUGUGAGGACUAAAUUUUCGCCUUUUACUUUGAUAAAACUAAGUGUUUAACACUUGAUUUAAUAUUUUUUUCAGGUCUCCACAUUAAACCAAAAGACAUGCGAGUACAGUAUUGCUAAUUCAGACAAUGUGCAAUGCACCGGAGGCAGGUAUUUAUAUCCAGCUAUGAAAAUCAUGAACCAGUGCAAAGCGAAUUACUACAUAACAGGAACGAAAGAAACUACAUGUGUCAAGAAAGAGUCUGCAGAUGCAGCCCAUGCAGCUGCAACGCAGCUGGCUCUAAUGGUACGGAAUGUUCCGAUAUAUCCGGACAGUGCAGUUGCAAGUCGGAUUUUUAUGGCAACAAGUGUCAGAAUCGAGAUUGUGUAUGGGGACAUUGGUCUGACUACUCUUCCUGUAACAAGGGUUGUGACUAUGGGGGUACCAAGACGAGAACUAGGCCACACCAAGUGACAAAACAAGGACAAGGUACAUCAUGUAGUGGGUCAAAUACGGAAACUACGAGCUGCUUUAACGAAUGCUGUGAUAAUCAAUUUCAUUGUUCAAACAAGCAAAAAUGCAUACCCUUUAGUCACAAAUGUAACUACAAUAAUGACUGCGGUGACAACCAAGAUGAAGCGUCAUGCAGCGAACAUUGCUGGGAUGAAUAUACGCCCUGGGAUUAUGGAGGAAAAGGUGAUAUGGUUUACUUGGACCGUCAUAGACUCACGUGUGGAGGUAUUGGCGGCCUUAAAAUGUUUCAUUUGCAACGAAAGGGAGGAAAUAUAAGAUACGAGUAUAUCUGCUGUGCUCUUACCUCCAAUGUUUGCACUAACACCAGGAUAUGGAAUAGAUUCACCGAUGAUGGCGAAGGUGAUACGGUCUACUUGGACCGACAAACGAUCUCAUGUGGAAACCACGGUUAUAUCAACGGCUUUUGGCUGGUAAGAAACCGCGAGCAUGACUAUAUUAGAUACAGCUAUGAUUGCUGCAAUUUGAAUGAUCACCAACAUCGUGCAAGAACAUCGUGUUACACAUCUCUUACUAGCUUCACUGAUGAUGGUGACGGCAUAACUUAUUAUCUUGACAGGCAAAGAGUUCAGUGUGAUCAUAGGUACUUUUUUACCAAUAUCCACCUGGAGAGGAACGGCGAACAUGAUCAUUGGAGAUAUCGGUAUACUUGUUGUAAAAUUAAAGCUUAGAUCGUAGAAAAUAACAUUUGAACAGAACCCACAACUAUGCCUUUCACUUGACCGCUUUAUUUCUGUUUUGUAAUGCUUUAUAAUCGCUUUUCGUACAUGACAAUGUAAUUUUAGAAAUUUCUACAGUCACAAGCAUUGCUUGUAGCGUAAUCCACAUAAUUAUGUUAAUUAUGCAUUUAUAUAUGUAUGUAUAAAUCUUUAUUAAAAUAUUAAAAGCAACACCUCACAACAAACGUGCGGGCUUACAAUUUGCACUUACUUAUCAAUAAUUAUUAUACUAAUUACUAUAUUAGUAUUGAUAUUAUUCAUUAAUAGAGC